AUGGAUCAGGAAACUACAGUAUUAGAAAAGAUGACCCAACAUCUAUUAAAUAAAGACUAUUUAACAUUUAAGCCCUAUAUUCAUGUACUCAAGCAGUUGUACUUUAAGGAAAAGGAAAAUUAAAAAUGUAUCCUAUAAUUAUUAAUAAUAGAAAAACAAAUAAUAUAAUUGAAUAACAUUCAUAAUACAAUAAAGAAUAUGGUAUCAGACUAAACUUUAAACAAUGGUUUAUUUGAUUCUGGUCCUUAAAAUGAAAUUAAAAUAGUCAAAAUGAAUUAGUAAAUUGAAUCUCAUGAGUCGUUGAGUAUAAAAGAGGCUGAAAAAUUAGUAAGUGAAGGUAAAAUUAAUUUCAUCUUAUCUUAGGAGUGGCUUUAUACAAUUUAAAUGAAUAUUAAGAAGCAAUUGAAUUCUACAAUAGAGCUAUUUCUAUAAGUCCAAAAUAUUAUGCUGCUUGGUAGAACAAGGGUAAUUAACUGUUAGACUUUAUUAUUUAGGUCUUGCAUUAUGCAAUUUAAAUAUUUAUUAUGAAGCAAUUGAAUGCUACGAAAAAGCGAUUUCCAUUAAUCCAAUAAGUGAUGUUGUUUGGAAUAAUAAGGGUAAUUACUUUUAGACAUUAUUAAUUAGGUAAUGCGUUAGAUGAUCUCAAUAAAUACGAAGAAGCUAUUGAAUGCUACGACAAAGCUAUUUCCAUUAAUCCAAAAUAUGAUAUAGCUUGGUACAACAACGGUUAUUAACUGUUAAACAUUUCUAUUUAGGACUUGCAUUAAGAAAAUUAAAUAAAUAUGAGGAGGCAAUUGAAUGCUAUGACAAAGCAAUUUCAGUGAAUCCAAAAGAUGCUGCUGCUUGGUGUAAUAAGGGUAAUUAACUGUUAGAUAGUAUUAUUUAGGUUUUGUAUUAAACAAUAUAAAGAAAUAUGAAGAAGCAAUUGAAUGCUACGACAAAGCUAUUUCAAUUAAUCCAAAAUAUGAUGCUGCUUGGUAUAAUAAGGGUAUUAACGCUAGACAUUAUUAUUAAGGUCUUACAUUAAGAAAAUUAAAUAAAUAUGAAGAAGCAAUUGAAUGCUACGACUAUGCUAAUUCAAUUAAUCCAAAAUAUGAUGCCGCAUGGUAUAAUAAGGGUAAUUUACUGUUAGAUAGUAUUAUUUAGGUUUUGUAUUAAACAAUAUAAAGAAAUAUUAAGAAGCAAUAGAAUGCUACGAGAGAGCUAUUUCCAUUAAUCCAAAAUAUGAUGCUGCUUGGUGUAACAAAGGUAAAUAACUGUUUGACAUUAUUAUAUAGGCUAUGCAUUAUACAAUUUAAAUAAAUAUGAAGAAGCUAUUGAAUGCUACGAUAAGGCUAUUUCCAUUAAUCCAAAAUUUGAUGCUUCAUGGAGUAAUAAAGGUAAAUUAAUAUAUAAUUGAGGCUUCACACUACAUAAGUUAAAGCAACAUAAGGAUGCUAUCAUGUGUUAUGAUUAAGCCCUAUCAAUUAGCAUUACUCCUCUUAGAUUACUACUAAAAGGUACACCAUUUUUUAAUUUUUUAUAUUUAGCUGAUUCUCUAUUUGAAUUGGGGAAUAAAUAAGAGGCUAAACAGUAUUAUUUUGAUGCAUUGCAAAAAGGAUCAAAUCAGAAGGAUUAUAUAAAGAAAUAGCUUUCAAAGUUAUGA